AUGGCGGACACCGUGACGCAUUUCAGAACCUCUCCUCGGUCGCCUAGCAACAAGGCGCUCAGAGGAACGACGUCAUCAGCGGUCCAGCAGAUCGAGAGUUCGAAUGGCGCUCCCUCUAGGAGGCUGUCAGCGGUACUGCAAUGCCAGAAAUUUGCACCAACUCCUCAGAAUGUCUCCCCUCCCCCUCCCCCUCCCCCCUCCCCCUCCUUCUCCCUGCCCCUCUCCCCUUCAUCUCCCCUUUCCUUUACCCCCUCCCCCCUCUCCCCCUCCCUCCCUCCUCUCCCCUCCCCGGUGGUUCUGAUCCCGGCCAGCGUUCUGGUUCCGGUCGUGUUCACCCUGAUCUUCCUGCUGGGCACUGUGGGUAACGGGCUGGUUCUGGCGGUUCUGCUGCGGAACGGUCCACAGGUGAAGUACAACACGACCAACCUCUUCAUCCUGAGCCUGUGCGCCGCUGACCUCUGCUUCAUCCUGUGCUGCGUGCCGUUCCAGGGGACGAUCUACUCUCUGGACGGUUGGCUGUUCGGAGCGUUCAUGUGCAAGGCGGUUCAUUUCUUCAUCUACCUGACGAUGCACGCCAGCAGCUUCACCCUGGCAGCCGUGUCUGUGGACAGGUACCUGGCGAUCCGCCACCCCCUCAAGUCACGUGACCUUCGCACCUCCCGCAACGCCGCGGUCGCCAUCGCCCUCAUCUGGACCCUCUCCCUGCUCUUCAGCGCCCCCUACCUCAGCUACUUCCACACGGUGCGCUUCCGCGGGGGCGGGGCCUCCCCGGACUCCUCCCCCUCGGCGGGGGGCGGGGUCUCGGUGGUCUGCGUCCCGGUGUGGACGGACCGGAGCCGGAAGAUCAUGGAUCUGAUCACCUUCUCCUUCGGGUACCUCCUGCCCGUCUGCACCCUGGGGCUCGCUUACGCCCGCACCCUCCUCUUCCUGUGGGGUCCCGGGGACCCCCUGGACCGGCCCCCGGGGGCCCAGCCCGGCCGGGGAGCCCGGGGUCGCGUCACCAGGAUGAUCGUGGCCGUGGCCGUGCUGUUCUGCGUGUGCUGGCUGCCCCAUCACCUCCUCAUCCUGUGGUUCUGGUUCGGGAGGCAUUUCCCGUUCAACCGGGUCACCUACGCUCUUCGCCUGGCCUCGCACUGCCUCUCCUACGCCAACUCCUGCCUCAACCCGCUAGUCUACGCGCUGGCGUCCAAGCACUUCCGCAAAGGGUUCAAACAAGUCUUCACCUGCCUGCUGCUGCAGCAGAGGAGCGGCCGACAGAGACCGCCUGCCUCCCGCCAGCAUGCCGCUCCCACAGCCCUGAGAGGACUGAUGGACCCUCCCUCUCUCCCUCCUCCCCCUCCUCCCUCCUCCGCCGGCCUCUACAAGCUCCUCCCCUUCCGUCGACACGGCAACAGGGUCGCCCCCUUGCCCGGCAGCGACACCCCCCCGGCCGCUAAGCCAAUCGAGGCGCGCGAUGUCAGCCACGCCUCUUCCGAGGGAGAGAUCGGAGGGGCGGGGCCGAGCAGGAGAGGGGAGGAGCCCGGAACAGGAGGAGGGGCAGAGAGGGAUCGCCGAGGGAAGGGGGUCCCUGGGAAGCGUUGUGAUUGGACGGCGGGACAAAGGAGGGAGGGGCCUGGGAAGGCUUGGGAAGUCUAGAAGAGAUUAUAUAUAUAUUUUUUAAAAUAGAGAAUUCUUUUUUCUUAUUAAACGUGCCUCACCGUCUCUCUCUGUGCUUUAUUACACUGUGCUGUGCUUUUACUGUGGGACAAAUAGGGGUUGGGGGUCAACCUGAGAAUUUGUACAAGUUUUUAAAAUGUUAAUAUAUUGACUUUGUCUCUCUCCCCACUCCUCUCUCUCCUCUUCCUCUCUCUCUCCUCUCUCUCUCCCCUCUCCUCUCUCUCUAUAUAUAUAAUCAGAUGUGUUUUAUGGUUUGUAAGUCUUUGUUUAUUUAAUUAUUGGUGUUGCCAAA